GAUGGAGCAGUGGCACUGUUCUGGAAUACUCUAGAACCUCCAACUGUUCUGGAACACUAGAACUUCCAGGCAAAUGCUCAGGAUCACAGAGCAUUCUGAGGCCUUCUGAGCCUAGGUGGGUGGGGCCAGCUCCCCUCUAACACCCCACGAGAGGGCUCAUGUGGAUGCUGGUGCUAGGUGGGGUCUUCCUGGCAGCUGCCCAGGCCUGUGUCUUCUGUCACCUUCCAUCCCGCGACUUGUCGGGCCGCCUGGCUCAGCUCUGCAGCCAAAUGGAGGCCCAGUGGAAGGACUGUGAGGCCUCCUGGAACUUCUCAGCCUUUGCCUUAGAUGAGCUGUCCAUGAACAAAGUCACAGAGAAGACUCACAGAGUCCUGAGGGUCAUGGAGAUCAAAAAGUCUCCCUCCUCACUCCCUUCAUAUUGGCAAUGGCUUCAAAAGACCAAGCUUCCUGAGUACACCAGGGAAGCCCUCUGUGCUCCUGCCUGCCGGGGCAGCACUAUCCUGUACAACUGCUCCACCUGCGAGGGCUUUGAGGUGCACUGUUGGCCCCAAAAGCGCUGUUUCCCAGGAUCUUUGGGAAGCCAGAAUUCUGCUCCUCUCUGUCUUUGGAGCUGUCCUGCUCUUGGGUAUCCUGAGCCUCAUGGUAGAGUCCCACCUCCUCAAAGCAAAAAGUGACUUAUGAAGAUGCUACAAACCGAGCCUCCAGCUGUAAGGAGAAUGUACCCACAACUUCCACUUCCCUUGGGGGGUGGGAACCAGCCAGCCCUAGUUCCACCCCCAAAAGUUCAGUCUUCCAGACUCUGAAACCCAGAUAUCCCCAUGAUCCCAGUGUCAGAGGGCCUCCAGGGACCCAGGCACCCAUAGCUGGAAAGCUCCUCCCCUCCAACCCUCAACCAAUCAGAUAAAACAGUCACCAAUGCCAGGAAAAUAUCUACAGAAGGAAAGAAUCCCCUCCACACAAACCACCACUCCCACGCCCCCCUCUGCCUGUUCCCGGAAAGCGGGGGCUGUCUGCCCCAGAAACUACUCUUGGCCUUCCUACGACUAAUUGGGAAUCCGGUAAUAAGUGUUCUGGAGAACUUCUUCGAGUGAGACCACAUCAGUCAGUCUGCUGGCAUGCUCUCCCUCCAUUUAACAUUGUGAAGCCUUGGCCUCCCACAAAGGCUUCUUUCCUGCCAGGCCCAACUAAACAUGCUGUGAAAUGGCCUCCGCCCUUGCCUCGCCUCUGUCUGCAACUGAUGUGGGAGGACAGGGAAGCUCAGUGGAAUACAGUGAUUCUCAAUUGGGGAUUUUGCACCCCAGGAGAAGGCAACAUCUGAAGACAUUUUUCAUUGCUUUGAUUA